AUCACAGUCAGUCAGAGACGGACGGAAAACACUUGUGACCCGACUCAGCAGCAGCAGCAGCAGCAGCAGCAGCAGCGCACACGCAACAGAGCUCCGGCCUCCUCAUCUCCACCAGACGACAUGGACUGCGGGAUUUUCACGUCCAAGACCGUCCUCCUCUUCCUCAGCCUGGUGUUCUGGGGUGCAGGAGCGGCGUUGGCCUACGUCGGUGCCUAUGUGAUCAAGAGCUAUGACAACUUUGACAGUUUCAUUCAGGACAAGUACACACUGGUCCCAGCAGCCAUCAUCAUUGGCGUCAGCGUGGUGAUGUUCAUCUUUGGUCUGGUGGGAUGCUGCGCCACACUGCGGGAGUCCAAAGUCGGCCUCAGCUUCUUCUUUUUGAUCAUCAUGGGGAUCUUUGCAGCUGAAGUGGCAGCUCUGGUGUUUAGCUUCAUCUAUCAAGGCAAGAUAAACGCAGACCUGGAGCGCUCAAUGAAUGAUGUCUUCAUGAAGUAUGACGAACAGGGCUCUGAGACCAAAGCUGUUGACUACCUGCAGACUCAGUUGGAGUGCUGUGGUGUCAUGAAUUACACCAGCUGGGCCAACACCACCUGGUUUAGAAGCAACAACAACACCGUGCCUGUGUCCUGCUGUAAAAACAGCACUCAGUGCACUCGCAGACUGGACCAACCGGACCAGCUUAACAUGCAGGGUUGUGAGGUGAAGCUGGAUCGCCUCCUACAGGGUGUGUUGGGCUACGCCAUGCUGGUCAUUCUGGGCUUCGCCAUCAUCAAGUUCUUUGGGAUGCUGAGCGUGUGUGUGAUCACCUGUAAAGCCGGCAGCCGGAGGAUCGGCUACCAGCCUCUGUAUGCCUGAACCGCUUCAUGCAACCACCUACAACCCCUUCAUUUAGCUUGACGAGUUUUGCUGACCACUCACUCAGCAGUGACACAUCCGAGCCGAUCACUGUACAAAUCUUAAAUUUUAUUUAAAUAAUGGCAUAAAAAGUACACGCAAGGGGAUCUUGCCAGAUCAUUCCUCCGCAUAUGAAAGCAGCGCGAGUGUUCCUCUGACUAGGUCAAUCACUUUGCUGAAUGUGGUUUUCAGUUAUUGUCUAAAUGAUCCCCUUUUGGAGAUGUGCCAUAUGGUUGAGGGGCCCAAGGUCCGUACUGUUUCAGCCCAGCUACUGUAUUAUUCUUUGAUGAAGGGCCUCAAAAUACAUUUUAAGCUUUUUGGGAUUGUGAACAAAAGGACAGCAGUUUAAUGUUUUAUUUAGGGUAUGUAUAGCCAACUGAAUGACUCUAAUUUAAUAUAUAUAUAUAUAUAUAUAUAUAUGCAUGCACACACACACACACACGUUUUAUGGUCAGUUAACUGUAUUGACAAUUCUACAUAGCAAGACUUUGGUUGUGUUUAUUAUGUUUCUAAAUUAAAUAGGGUGAACAUUUCACAAUAA